AUGUCUGCCAGUGCCGUUCCCUACCCCUUCCGCUUCGACAGCGCAUCGGCCACAGGCCCACAAGAUGGCACAAACACCGACAUCACGAUCAGUCUGAAGAAUGUUCGCGGCAAGAUCCCCUCCAUCCAAGCCUCACGACUCCGUACAAUGAUGUUGGAGGCUCGCCACGACCCCACCAAAAUCAUCGCGCACGCCUGCACAUACGAUGGUCUUACAUCCCGCCUGGUCGAGGAAGCGGGAUUUCCAAUGGUGUUCCUCGCAGGAUAUGCGGUCGCCAGCUCAUACGGUCUGCCAGAUACCGGAUAUAUUGCCAUGGCGGAAAUGUGCGACAAGAUCCAGGAGUCCUUCCGCCAAGUCUCCGUGCCGAUUAUGGCAGAUGGUGAUACUGGGUACGGAAGCCCGAUGAAUGUCAAGCGGACUGUUGAGAGCUUCGCGGCAGCGGGUGCAGCGGGUGUGAUGAUCGAGGACCAGCAGUGGCCGAAGCGCUGUGGCCACACCAAGGGCAAAAAUGUCGUUUGUCGCGAAGAAGCCUACGCUAGAAUUCAAGCUGCUUGUGAUGCUCGCAACGAAGGAAGAGAUAUUUUCAUUCUUGCCCGUACAGAUGCUUUGAUGCAUGGUUGGAACGAAGCCAUUACGCGCGCAAGGGAGUUCAAGCGGAUUGGGGUGGAUGCCAUCUUUGUCGAGGCGCUGCCGGAUCGCGAUGCGAUGAAACGGUGUGCUGAGGAGCUGGAUAUUCCGGUCUUUGCCAAUAUCAUCGAGGGAGGAAAGACAGAGAAUCUGCCGGCCAAAGAACUUGCCGAGCUGGGAUAUAGUGCUGUUGCAUACCCUUGGACCUUGGUCGCGGCUCAUCUGAAGAGCGUUCGGGAAGCUCUUGAUGGCUUGAAGAGAUCCAUGACUAGUGGAGCUCCGCCGAUGAUAUUGACUUAUGACCAAGUCUGUGAAGGUGUUGGUUUUAACAAGUACUGGGACCGCGAGGAGAAAUACAAAUUCAACAAUUAG